ACUCUUUAGAUCUCCCUUGAAGAGGGCUGGUAUAUUUGUGCCUGCUGGAGGUGGAAUUAACAGUAAGAAGGAGAAAGGGAUUGAAUGGACUUAUAGGAAGGUUUUCAAGUAAAUACAGGAAAACACAUUUACUUGACUAGUACAACCUUGAGUCGCAUUUUACACUAAGACGACACAAAAGAUGUUAAAGUUAUCACCAAGCUGCCGGACAAAUAUAUAUUCCAACACCAAGGUGCAGAUCAGCAUAGAUCUGUGAUUCAGAAAUCAGCAUUGUCUUGGAAAGAGCUUCAGGGUUGAGAAGAACUCAAGAGCAAGUGAAGAUAACUUUGGGAACUACAGUUUAUCAGAAGAUCAACUUUCGUUCAUUCAAAUACCAAAGGCCUGAUUAUCAUAAAUUCACAUAGGAAUGCCUAGGUCAUCUGAUCAAAUAAUAUUAGCCGUCUUCUGCUACAUCAAUGCAGCAAAAACUCUUAACAACUGUGGAUAAUUGGAAAUUUGAUUUUCAGCUUUCUUAGAAAUAACUCCUCUUGACAUAUUCCAAAAUAUUUAAAAUAGGGCAGGAAAAUCAGUGAGGAUGUUGUGUUCAGAAAUGUCACUGUCAUGAAGAAUAGGUAAAUUUAUUUUUUUCUGCUACUGGGAAGUUGUACCUCCUAGAAACUUAGAUUUUUUUUUUUUUUAAAGAGGACAAGAAGAACUAAAAACAUCAACUUUGCUUUUGGACAAAAAUGCAUCUGAGUGUGUUUUUAUUUAGGGGUAUUGUGGGUUUCCUCUGGAGCUGCUGGGUUCUACUGGGUUAUGCAAAAGGAGGUUUGGGAGACAAUCAUGUUCACUCCAGUUUUAUUUAUAGAAGACUACGAAACCAUGAAAGACGGGAAAUACAGAGGGAAAUUCUCUCUAUCUUGGGUUUGCCUCACAGACCCAGACCAUUUUCACCUGGAAAACAAGCUUCCUCUGCACCUCUCUUUAUGCUGGACCUAUACAAUGCUAUGGCCAAUGAAGAAAAUCCUGAGGAGUCGGAAUACUCAGUGAGGGCAUCCCUGGCAGGAGAGACCAGAGGAGCCAGAAAGGGAUACCCAGCCUCUCCCAAUGGGUAUCCUCGCCGCAUACAGUUAUCUCGAACGACUCCCCUGACUACCCAGAGUCCUCCUCUAGCCAGCCUACAUGAUACCAACUUUCUGAACGAUGCUGACAUGGUCAUGAGCUUUGUCAACUUAGUUGAAAGAGACAAAGAUUUUUCUCACCAGCGAAGGCAUUAUAAAGAAUUCCGGUUUGAUCUUACUCAAAUUCCUCAUGGAGAAGCAGUUACAGCGGCUGAAUUCCGGAUAUACAAGGACCGGAGCAACAAUCGGUUUGAAAAUGAAACAAUUAAGAUUAGCAUAUAUCAGAUCAUCAAGGAAUAUGCGAAUAGGGAUGCAGAUCUGUUUUUGUUAGACACAAGAAAGGCCCAGGCUUCAGAUGUGGGUUGGCUCGUCUUUGAUAUCACUGUGACCAGCAAUCAUUGGGUGAUUAAUCCGCAGAACAAUUUGGGCUUACAACUCUGUGCAGAAACAGGAGAUGGACGCAGUAUCAACGUAAAAUCUGCUGGUCUGGUGGGGAGACACGGACCUCAGUCAAAACAGCCGUUCAUGGUGGCUUUCUUCAAGGCGAGUGAGGUUCUCCUUCGAUCUGUGAGAGCAGCCAACAAACGGAAAAACCAAAACCGCAGUAAAUCCAGCUCUCAUCAGGACGCCUCCAGAAUGUCCAGUGUUGGAGAUUAUAAUACAAGUGAACAAAAACAAGCCUGUAAGAAACAUGAACUCUAUGUCAGUUUCCGGGAUCUGGGAUGGCAGGUUCAUCUGAUGUUUCCUGACCAUGUACCAAAGCCUUGUUGUGCUCCAACCAAAUUAAAUGCCAUCUCUGUGCUAUACUUUGAUGACAGCUCCAACGUCAUUUUGAAGAAAUACAGAAAUAUGGUAGUGCGCUCAUGUGGCUGCCACUAAUAUUAAAUAAUAAUGGGAAUAAGAAAGAGAUCUGUAUUAAGACUACAAUAAAAAGUAUACUUUCAGACAAAAGGAGAAUUUUGUAAAAUUAGUCUGGCUCAUUUCAUCUCUACCUAUGUACAAUAUCAUGUAUAUAGUCACUUUUAUUUAUUUAAAGGUAUAUAUUCUCCUUUGUAGAUGCCUUAUCAAUAAAAUCUAUUUUAUAGGUCACUAUGUUAUACAAUAGAAUGCCCAGUAUAACUUCCAAUGAGAUAUGCUAAGUCCAGUCCAAUUCCAUUUUAACAUCUUUUUCUAAUACAAUUUUUAUAUAUAUUUUUUGCAAUUAUAACUCCUUUUACCAUUAAAUAUUGUUGAAGGAAACUGAAUGCAUUUGGUUAUGUUGUGCCAAUAAAAACUAUGAUAGGAUAUUUAUUUAGAAAUAUAACUUAAAAAAAAAUAACCACCCAAACAAAAAUGCUUGGAUAAACACAAUUUUUCUUGUAGAGUUUCUGCUUCAUUAGAUAAAGUGAAAUGUUGAACUGGAUUUGAAUAAAUAAACGGUAGGCAGAACAUAGAAUCUGAAAGAUUGCACAUAAUUGUUAUAACCGUUUGCUUUAGCAGAAUUGGUGUAACUGAAGGAGCAUGUUCCUUCUUGGCUUGCGGACUGCAGAUUUUGCAAAGAGCUCAAAGCUUCAGGAACUCUGUGGAGACAGGCUUGAGCCUGUGUCCAUAACUUUCCAAGUUAACACUAAAAAAUUGCAGUACAACCUUCUUACCUCAAAUAAAUCAUGUCUGCCUAUUAUCUAGAACACUACUGCUGCAGAUUUUUUUUUUUCCUGAUUUAAAAGGAGUCCAAAAUAAAGAAAAAUUUACAUGUGCUCCACUUCCUUCCCCACAGGCAAGAGUCACUGCAUACAUAAAAUAUACUGGAGCAAGAUGCCGACAGAGCCAUUUUCUUUAGCUCUCCUUUAUAACUGAGUCCGCUGAUUGAUGUGAUGCAAGGGAUUUUAUUUAGGGUAAAAGCACUGAAACUAAACUGGAGGAAAUUACCAAAAAUCUCAGAAUGGCUUUGACAGAAUUGCCAUUUCGAAAGAACAGCUGAAAUCCAUUUUUCAUAUCUUUGCGAAUGAGCUCAAUGAAAACCUUAUUUUGUAAGGGGAUUUUGUAAACCCUCCUCCGAGCACAAAUAAUUCCAAACGGGAAGGUUCUGUUGUGAGUAUGAGCAUGUGUGUUCUCUCUGAAAUUAAUUUAUUUUCUCUCUCUGUGUCUCCCUGUGCCUUCUAAGACGUUUCUUUAACACACACUGAUUUCUUAAAGAAGGACAUUUAGAGGGAUAACUGGCUGUUUAUGGUGGCUCCAGUUAGGCCUAUUUGGAGUUCAACUAGAAUAUUCAUAAAACACCAUUUAUUAAUCACCCUUUUGGAUCUUUCAGAUAAACAUAGAAAUAGCUUCAAAAAUGUUAUAGGUUUGUUUGUAAUUCAGGUAUAUUGCAAUGUUGUUUUAAAAUACAGUUUAUCUUAAAGAUUUGAUAAUAACUAUAUUGGGGGGGUACAUUAAGUAAUAUAUUUUUGAAUUAAUGGCAUACCAUUGUAAGAAUAAGAAACGGAAGUCUAUUAUAUUAUUCUUUAAAUGUGCUGUUUAAAUAUAUUUCUAUAUUUUAAAAUAUAUUAAACUUGUGAUGCUAGUUUCUAUUGUGCUUCUUGAUUUGACUCUUUAUUUAAGAGGUAACGAUACGUACGUCAAACUGAGACUAUAAGAAUAUCAGAUAUAAAAGUGUGUGGAGUACAUGAUUCGUUAUCUUGUUUUUAAUGGUCAAAACUAGUUUUUGUAUUAAUAAGUAACUCACUGUUAAAUAAGCACAGCAA